AUGGAGGCGUUGAACGGCCGAAGGGAACAUGAUGUAAGGGGAGCAUCGCCAGAGAAAAUUGAUAGGCUCAGUUGUGAAUCCAAAAAAGAACAUGUUGAGUUGAGCCGACGCAACCUCCUUGCUGCCCUCACCGCCCCUUUUGCUCUUAAUCCCAUGUCCGUACAAGAUAUAGCUUUUGCUCGUGGCCUCUUCCAAAUGCCCCCAGUUCGACUCAUCAAUCGGUCCUUUCUGGUGAGGGCUGGGGAGUCGGAAUAUGAGAGCUGGGGAGUGAUAAACACAAACCCGGUUGCGAAAACUUCUGUUGAUAGCGUGUCUGAGAAAAGGAAGAAGCAGGCUGUGAGGGCAGCUUUCGACUUGAAGGAAAUGGGGACUUGUGACAACAGCUGUUGGAUUUGGCCUUCGAUUACUCAGAGAGCUUAACAGGCCGCAGACAUCAUUGCCUCAGUUAACGCAGUCACUCGAAGUAACAUUGUCCCAGAGUAUAGCUUUCUAGAUGCCCGUGGCUUAGGAGCUUAUGAAGGAAAGAACCUAGAAGCUGUUUCAGAAGUAUAUGCAUCAGAUACUAUUUCUCCAAGAAUCAAGCCUCCUCCUAUUGACGAUGGAACCCCGAAUGAGAGUGUCUUGGAUGUGUUUGUCGCCCUGACACAACUGAUGUCCAUACUUGAGACUCAAUACUCUGCAGACACGGUGAUUAUUGUGUCGCCAUAUUCGGACAAUUUAACAAUCCUACAAGCCGGUAUAGUUGGACUUGACUUGUGAAGGCACAGGGAGCUUUCUUUUGUACCAGGAGAAGUCAGGUUUGUUGAUACCAGUAGUGCACCUACGUACAAGCAACCUGCAGCUGUAUAUAAGUGUUUGAAUCCACCAAAUUGGAAAGAGGCAUGA